GAAGUAGGCAUGGAAAUGGAUUUUGGUGUGAUAUCAGUUGGUAGUACUGUCCCUGGCAAACAGACGCAUAACUGUGCAUUGUUCUUUGGGAUUUUGAGAGCCUUCAUCUCAAUUUCAACUUUAAAGCAGCUUAAUCUUUAAGGAACAUAUCUCUGAUCUGGGUAAUUUGUAGAACUUAAUUUGAGGGUCAUUACAUGUGAGGAUAGCAGGAGUUGAAGAUGCCAAGGACCUGAAGGGCUACUGGAGGGACAGGUGAAGUGAUUUGAAGAUGUAGCAUUUUGAAUCUCUUUCUGGCCCAUCCUCUGCUUCACACCAGAAUCAUUGUGACCUGUAGACCUGCAAAACAAAGGACCAAAGGUUAGCAUGCAGAAGUGAAAGUGUCAAUAAUAACCAAACCACUCCAUCAAGUUAGGUCUGGGGAAAAGCAGCAGCAAAAAUGAGUUCUUACUUCUGGGCACAAAAUGAAAGUAACAGACCUGAUUUACUCUGCGGGCAGCCAGCUGACUACCUUGUUGAAGAGAAACAUUUCACAACGCUUGUAUGCUUCAUUGUUGUUUUGGGAGGGCUUUUGAAGAUGUGUUUAAAGAAUUCUGAAGUCAUUGUUUUGACGAUUCUUUCUCUAUCAGGAUUCGUGAUAGGACACAUGGCCUACAAUUCUGUUGAGGUGCACCAAAUUGUCUACCCUCUUCUAAGAACAUCAAGUUUUUCACUUUAUUCUUACUUUUCACCUUUAAUUAUAUUUAUGGUUGCUUUGGAUGUAGAAUUUUAUACACUCAAGAAAAUGUUUUGGCAGGUCUUGUUAACUGGAUUAAUUAGCUUUUCUACAGCAAGCAUCAUAAUUGGAUAUGUCGUUAUAAAAUUCAAUAAAGAUUCAUGGGAUUUGCAAUCUUGCCUACUCUUUAGCAUCACCCUUGGCAUUAUAGAUCCUCUUCGUUCUGUGAAUUCACUAAAAACUAUUGGCAUUUCUAAAAUAUACAUUGAUCUCAUUAGAGGAGAAUCAUUGAUCAUUUGUAGCAUCGCAUCAAUUUUUUUUGGAAAUUUUCGGGGCAACAGAAUCCACUUUUCUAUUUUUAGAGAUUUACAUGUAGGCAUUGAACUCAGCUAUGACAUUUUGGGAAGCAUAAUAUUUGGAUAUUGGUGUGCAAAAAUCAUUCAGUGUAUAUUGGCUGACGUUUUUAGCAAUAUGCUGACUAAUAUCAUUCUCUGCUUUUCAAUGGUGUACAUGACUUUCUAUAUUGUGGAAUUUUUAGGAAUGUCAGGCACUCUUGCCUUAGCCGCUGUAGGACUGAAUUUAGAUUCUUUAACUUUUAAACCGAAGAUCGAACUUGUAAUUACUAAGUUCUUAAGAAUUUUUUCAUCUGUAUAUGAACAUUUAAUAUAUGCUUUCUUUGGCAUUGUGAUUGGAUGUGGAGAACUCAGCCAUUAUGAAUUUUACACUAUACCUUUCAUAUUCAUUUUAUUUACAACAGUGAAUGUGGUAAGGUUGCUUACUAUUUUGUUAGUGAGCCCUAUUUUGAUGCAUUCAAAUUAUGAAUAUAAUUGGCGAUGGGGAGUUGUAAUCACGUGGUCUGGAAUUAAAGGAGUUUUUAAUUUACUCUGGGCUCCUGAUGUUUAUAAUCUCGCUGAACGAAAAGUGGAAGUACCACAAAUGUUUAUACUCUAUGUACAAGUAAUAUCAUUAUUGACAAUGGGAAUAAAUUCAUACGUGAUGACUCAGUCAGCCAGGAAGUUAGAUUUGUGUGUUCUUUCCCUCCCAAGACAAAUGAUCUUGCAAAAUGCCACUCAGCACAUACAGGAGAUAGUACAGAACACAAUAACUUUAUUUAAAACAGAAAAAAUUUUGACAAAUGUUAACUGGACCUUAGUAGAAGAUAAAACGAGGAUCGAAUACAUUCCUUUUUCCCACGUUUCACAUAACGAUAUGAAGACAGAAUCCACAACAGAUGAAGCUUUAAUGGAGGAAGCCAGAUUGCAUGUAGCUGCAAUACAAAUGAGUAGCUUUGAAAAACAGCGUAACAAUGGAAUUCUUGAAAUAGAGGCAGCCCGGAUAUUAAUUGGUGCAGCAAAAUGCUAUUACUCCAUCCAAGGAAAAUUCAUGAGUAUUUAUGAUGUUUCAACUUAUAUGAGAACUAGAAGUUGGCUUAUAAAGUUUAAAAAUGUUUUAACUUUCUUGGAAUAUUGUAUAGAAAAGAUACAGUUUAUUCCACCUGAGAGUAAUACAUUUCUGACUUUUAUAUUUCACAUAGUAUUUUCUGAAGAAUUUGAAUAUACAGGACAGAUUAUAAAUUUGAUAUAUAUUUAUCCUAUGAUAAUACAUCUGUGGCCAAUGGCAAGAGGUUUAAAUGUGUCAGCACUGAUAUCAAUAAACUACUAUUUUAUGUUUUUAUAUGUAUUAGAAUCAACAUUGAAGGUACUGUUUAAAAUAGAAAUAGAAUCUAUAAAAAGAGCAAUUCAGAUAAUAAUUUUGAAAAGGAAAUAUUUUCAACAAUGUUGGAAUACUUUGGAAUUUUUUAUCCUGGUUAUUGGAAUCAUUGAUAUCUUUUGUGUAUACUUUGUGAAAUUGAGACCAGACAACUUGGCUCUUAUACAGCUUACAGUAAUAAUGGGAUAUUUAAGAAUAAUUAGGUUUCUUCCUCUCUUCAAGAUAAUAGUACCAAUACUGAUAAGAAUUGCAGAUGUGCAGAUCAAAAAGCGCCUCAGCUUGAUGUAUAGUAUUACAAAAGGCUAUAUCAAAAGUCAAGAAGAUGCCAAACUUCUAAUAAAACAAAUAGCUGUCUGUGAAUCAAUAUAUCAGAAACUAUGUGAAAUUUUGGAAACCAACAAACAGGAUGCUGUCAAAGAAUUAGUACUCAUGGAGCAUGAGGGUCGUGAUGUUGUCAUUGCUUUGAAGACUAAACAGGCAAUCCGGAAUGUGAUUGCUAAAGCUCUAAAAAAUCUCACCUUCCUUUGUUCAAGAGGCAUUAUUGAUAAGCAUGAAGUCAUUGAGAUAAAUAAGGUACUUCUUAAAAAAUUAAAAGCACUAAAUAACUUUCCAAAGGCAAUCCCACCCCCAACUCCUGACAUAUACCUUCACAACAUCAUUUGGCUGGAAGGUAAAGAUGUUCUCAUUGAUUUCUUCAAGGAAAGAGCCAAACUUGCCUGUUUUGACUCUGGAGAUACCAUUUGUAAAGGAGGUGAAAUGCCACAAGGAAUCUACUUAAUUAUUUCAGGAAUGGCAAUUUUGCAUAGUUUAUCUCCUACCUUUGGAAUAGAGAGUAGCCAAAGGUGUGAUAGAGGGUCCAGAGUCAUGUCUACAGAGUUCUGUACUACUGGGGACAUAAUUGGAGAGCUAAGCUGUCUGCUUAAGCGUGAAAUUGAAUAUACCGUCAUCUGUGAAACUAGUUUACAGGCCUGCUUUAUCUCCCUGGAGGAUUUAUAUGAAGGCUUUGAUGCCUUCUGGCCAUCUCUGGAAUAUAAAAUAUGGCUAAAGCUUGCUCUCAGUACUGCCUAUCAGUAUUUUGAAUCAAGUCUUAUUGACGAGGACUUAAGGUUUCAGAACUGUGUGAUGUUCAAUCAAGCAUAUGUGGAAACUUUAUCAAGCUAUAGUGACAUGAUUAUUGAUAAUAUGACCAUGAAAUUUGUUAUCAUUGUGUAUGGCAGUGUAAUUGAUACUAAGACAGAGGAACCAUAUUUUGCACCUUGCAUUAUACCUACAACCUGUGAGCAGGUUCAGGGAACUUCUGCUUUAAGCAAGCUGCUGAUAAUCCAAGCAUCUGAGCUUACCCAAAGAAAUAGGAACACCAAUGUCAUGGCCUCAGUCAACACGGUCUUUGAACAACCAGGAAAGAAUAUAAAUGGAAGACAAAAGAUGAGUUGAAAACUGGAUACCAUUUUAGAAAAGGGUAUUAAUGAUACAAAUAUGAUGUGUGGAGUCAGGUUAAAGACCAAACUACUUUCCUCGCUCAAAUACUAAAGGAUUAUCUGCAAGGAGUUUACUUAGAAGCUACUGAAACAGGUUACUGCUGCAUUUAGUUUAUAAGCAAUGGAUGGACUUCUGUAAAACUUCUUAAUUUUAAGUAGUUGCAUUAUAUUUGGGAUGUUAAAAAAGUCUUCAGGAUAAUAUAAAAUACACUGAACCAUAUGUCCUACCAAAUGAAACCCUGUUUCCAGCUAAGAGCAAAUUUUAACAUAGUGCAUUAUAAAAAGUGUUGUAUAACUGAUAUGUUACUCUCUAAAGCAUAGAACCUGUAAUUUUCAUUUGUGAAAUUGUUAUAAUUAGUGCCUCCCUAAUAUUUUCCAGAGUAUAGCUAUUCUCCCCUUCCCAGUUUGGUAAAUACUGAAAAACAGAAUUAUAUUCCACAAUCUUAGUAACUUUCAGUAAGUAAGUAACUUUUGCUUUCAGUGAAAUUUAGGAGAAAUUAAUAUUCUCAUAUUGCAUAGUACUGUUUGAUGUCACCUUUCAUUUUAUUUUUAAAAAUCAAAUAAAGUUGAGUUUUAUGGUUGUCUAUUUA